UAUUUUCUCUCAGGAGGAGCUAUUCAUUUUACUUUAAAGCACAACCCGUCUGCUCAGUUGGAGAUUGUGCCACUUUGACUCGCAUGGUUCACUGUUAGGUUUUUAGGCUACACCUACUUGAGGCUGGCGCAUAUGCUGGCCAGCUGCUCAUCGGAUUCCUUUCCAUUUACGGCUAACAGAUUCCCACGGUCAGCACCGACUGUGCAAUGUUUUUGUUGGAUAUACUUUGUCAUCCGGUGUGGGCAUUUAUCACGGCGCUGCUGGCGCUCGUCGUGCGCUCUCAGCGCAGAGGACGCUGGGAUCCACGAGCCUGCACCGUGCGGCUGACAGGCAAGACUGCUAUUGUCACAGGAGCCAACACAGGGAUUGGAAAGUUCAUUGCCUUGGACUUUGCACGCCGUGGGGCUCGUGUUAUCCUGGCUUGUCGAAGUGAGGCCCGGGGAAAAGCAGCACUUCAAGAAAUCAGAGAGAAAACAGGAAACUCCGACGUCCACCUGCGUCUGGUGGACGUGUCCUCCCAGGACUCUGUCAGGGAAUUUGCGAAGAGGAUUCUUGAAGAGGAGAAAGCUCUCCAUAUCCUUGUUAACAAUGCUGGAGUAUCAGGGUUACCCAGGCAGAUAACCAAAGAUGGGUUUGAUACCACUUUUGCCACCAAUGUCCUGGGACCGUUUCUCCUCACAGCCCUGCUGCUGGACCUAAUAAAGCGUUCAGCUCCGGCACGCAUUGUCACCGUUUCCUCAGUCAACCAUAAGAAGGGUUGUGUGGACUUCUCUCACUUCCAUGGCGAGAACCUCACCUAUUACAUGGAUACUGUCUACAACCACACUAAGCUGCACAAUGUCAUCCUUACCAGCGAGCAAGCACGCAGGCUAGAAGGGACAGGCGUCACUGCAAACUCUGUCCACCCUGGUGUUGUCAUGACAGAAGUGAUGAGACACUAUCCACGCAUAAUUCGUUGCAUUUUCAACCUCACUGGAAUUUUCUUUUUCAAGUCUCCAGAGGAGGGUGCCGUCAGCUCAAUCUACUGUGCAGUAGCAGAGGAAAUGGAGGGGGUAACUGGGAAGUAUUGUGACAGCGACUGCUACCUGGUCCUCCCCGCCCCUUUAGCUCGAGACGCUGCCCUUGCAGUCAAGGACUUUGAGGUCUGCGAGAGACUGACAUCAAAGCUUUGAAACAACUAUCAGGCAAAAGGAGGCCUGAUAACGGAGAAGGGGUCAAACUCCAGUGCACCUCCUGAGUGAACCAUUGUGACAUAAUGUCAUAAUGUCAUAAUCAAAAAUCAACAGGUGAAGCUUCUGAAAACAUUUUCAUGGGUAGUUUGAAGGGACGUAACAUGUUUUUAAGAGAAGCACAAAUUAAUCAUGUCUUGUGUAUUUGAGAAAUAAUAAAGUUUUUUCACUUG